AUGGAAACUCAUCAAAAUCUCUCUCUCUUAUUACUCUUUGUGCCCUAUUUGUUGGCAUGCAGUGUUGCUCAACUUGAUCGUGGUAUUAGUCGGUCAGAUUUUCCACUUGACUUCAUAUUCGGAGCAUCAUCAGCUGCUUAUCAGUAUGAAGGAGCGGCGGAUAUUGGUGGAAGAAAACCCAGUAUAUGGGAUACCUUCACUGAGAAUUAUCCAGAAAAAAUAGCUGACAGAAGCUCUGGAAAAGUUGCAGAAGAAUUCUAUUUUAGAUAUGAGAGCGACAUCCACCUACUGAAAAAAACGGGUUUCAACUCCUUUAGAUUCUCUAUAUCUUGGUCUAGAGUAUUACCAAAUGGACGUGGGCAACCGAAUCUUGAUGGCAUCAAAUUUUACAAAAGUCUCUUGGAGACGCUUAAUAGAAAUGGCAUCAAACCAGUAGUGACUUUAUUUCACUGGGAUCUGCCUCAAGCUCUAGAAGAUGAAUAUGGUGGAUUUUUGAGCCCGAAGUUCGUGGAUGAUUAUCUCGCAUAUGUGGAUUUUUGCUUCAGAACAUUUGGCCAUUAUGUGAAAAGUUGGAUUACAUUUAAUGAGCCAGUUAUUUUUACUACCAAAGCGUAUGAAUUUGGUGUUUUCGCACCUGGACGAUGUUCUCAUUAUAAUGGAAAUUGCACUAAUGGGAACUCAGCAACAGAACCUUACAUCGUGAUUCACCAUUUAAUUCUCGCUCAUGCAAAAGCAGUGGACUUGUAUAGAAAGAAAUACAAGGAACUUCAAAAGGGAAAUAUAGGAAUAACAAUACAAUCUUUAUGGGUCGUACCAAAAUUUCGUACACCUGAAUCUUGUUUGGCAGCCUAUAGAGCCCUAGACUUCUCGCUUGGAUGGGUUUUUCACCCAAUUACAUUCGGAGACUAUCCAGAAAUCAUGAAAUCUUUGGUUGGAUGCCGAUUGCCUAAAUUCACUGAAGAUGAAUCGAAACUAAUAAAAAAGUCGUACGAUUUCUUGGGUCUAAAUUAUUAUACUGCAAGAUAUGCGGAGGAUUCAAAUGUCUCAUGCGUUAUAAAUCAAGGUCCUCAUGGUGAUAGUCGUGUUAAUCUUACAGAUUCCAAAGAUGGUGUACCUAUUGGACAACCGAUUGAUGGAACGUGGAUGUUCGUUUAUCCACAAGGAAUUGACGAAUUGGUGUUGUACAUAAAAGAAAAUUACAACAAUCCUCCUAUUUACAUCACUGAGAAUGGAGUUCCUGAUCCCAUCAAUAGUACUAGUCUCAAUGAUGUUGGAAGAAUAGAUUACUAUCGUAGUCAUCUACAACAUCUCUUAAAGGCUAUUAAGGCUGGAGCCAACGUGAAGGGGUUCUAUAUUUGGACAUUUCUUGAUGACUUUGAGUGGAAUUCCGGUUACACUUAUAAAUUUGGCAUCUACCACAUUGAUCGCAAAAAUAACUUGACAAGAAUCCCCAAACGUUCUGUUGAAUGGUUUAGAGAAUUCUUCAAGACCAUUCCCAGAGUCAUGAAUAUUCAUGAGGAGCCAAUAACUUCUUCAUUUCUCACUGAACUUCAAAAGGGAAAUAUAGGAAUAACAAUACAAUCUUUAUGGGUCGUACCAAAAUUUCGUACACCUGAAUCUUGUUUGGCAGCCUAUAGAGCCCUAGACUUCUCGCUUGGAUGGGUUUUUCACCCAAUUACAUUCGGAGACUAUCCAGAAAUCAUGAAAUCUUUGGUUGGAUGCCGAUUGCCUAAAUUCACUGAAGAUGAAUCGAAACUAAUAAAAAAGUCGUACGAUUUCUUGGGUCUAAAUUAUUAUACUGCAAGAUAUGCGGAGGAUUCAAAUGUCUCAUGCGUUAUAAAUCAAGGUCCUCAUGGUGAUAGUCGUGUUAAUCUUACAGAUUCCAAAGAUGGUGUACCUAUUGGACAACCGAUUGAUGGAACGUGGAUGUUCGUUUAUCCACAAGGAAUUGACGAAUUGGUGUUGUACAUAAAAGAAAAUUACAACAAUCCUCCUAUUUACAUCACUGAGAAUGGAGUUCCUGAUCCCAUCAAUAGUACUAGUCUCAAUGAUGUUGGAAGAAUAGAUUACUAUCGUAGUCAUCUACAACAUCUCUUAAAGGCUAUUAAGGCUGGAGCCAACGUGAAGGGAUUCUAUAUUUGGACACUUCUUGAUGACUUUGAGUGGAAUUCCGGUUACACUUAUAAAUUUGGCAUCUACCAAAUUGAUCGUGAAAAUCACUUAGCAAGAAUCCCCAAAGAAUCUGUUCGUUGGUUUAGUCAAUUCCUCAAACCCAUUCCCAGAGUCAUGAAUAUUCAUGAAGAGCCAACUUCUUCAUUUCUCACUACAGCCUAAUUAAAUCAAGAAAUACAUAUGAUCUUAAAAUAUAUGUCUUUAAAAUAAAUGCUGUUGAGAAGAAGAAAAUUAGUAUUUAUGUGAACAAAGCUACUUCGAGUUUCAGUGUGUGAGAAU